ACUGUGCUCUUGUAUCUUCCAUUAUCAUAAGUUCAUAUUGAUCUCUUCAAAAUUGAGCUAGUAUUACACUGUCUGUAAUAAGCCAUGUCUGGUCCUCAGUGCUGUGAGAACCCACCGAGCCUUUGCUCAACCUGCGGUGCUGGAUCAGUCACUGAAAUUGGAGGCUUGAAGGCCUAUGUUACUGGCCCUUCUGAUUCCAAGCUUGCCGUUCUCCUUGUUUCUGAUAUCUUUGGAUUUGAAGCACCAAACUUCAGGAAACUUGCAGACAAAACUGCAAGAGUUGGCGGAUUCCAUGUUGUGGUUCCGGACUUCUUUUAUGGAGAUCCAUUCAUUCCUGAGAAAACUGAGAGGCUUGUGUGGCUACAGUCUCAUGGGACAGACAAAGGGUUUGAAGAUGCUAAAGUCGUAAUUGCUGCUCUAAGGAACAAAGGGAUAUCCACAAUAGGAGCUGCAGGGUUCUGUUGGGGCGGCAAGGUAGUUGUGGAGCUAUCAAAGUCUGAUUGCAUUCAGGCUGCAGUGUUGUUACACCCUUCUCGUGUCACUGUUGAUGAUAUUAAAGAGGUCAAGGCUCCAAUAGCCGUAUUGGGUGCUGAGUUUGACAAGAUCUCUCCACCUGAACUCCUGAAACAGUUUGAGGAGGUUUUGUCAACAAAGCCUGAUGUUAGUGGCUAUGUGAAAAUAUUUCCUGGUGUUCCGCAUGGAUGGGCGGUCAGAUAUAAAGAUGACGAUGAGACUGCUGUGAAACUUGCUAAUGAAGCUCAUCAAGAUAUGCUGGAUUGGUUUACCAAGUAUGUGCAGUGACCUUGUGGGCUAUGAGAUAUGCUCACCAUCAUAUGUAUGCUUAAAGCAGCAACUUAGCAUAGAAUCAGUUCUCAAUAAAUUAAAGAAUACAUGGUGGGCAAGAAAAGUACGAGGAAUGUAUGCAUUUUACAUGCUCCCUAAAUGCAUUUGGGCAUAAAUUAGGGGAAAUGACAUUAGUGCUCCAGUUGCAUCCAUGCAUCAAUUUUCAUUGUAUCUUGCAUCAUGUGUCUUACAUUAUUCUGAAAGUUUG